AUGGCCAGCCCGACCAGGCCGCCAACCCGACCCUCCGCCACCAAUUCCGCCCCCUUGCGGGCUCCAACGGAAUUCGGGAAGAGGAGGGGCAACAACAAGGGGGGCAUCGACGAUGACGAGGCGUCGACGGCGCAGCAGGCCCAGGUGCUCGCGAGGACACUGGCCGUCGAGAGGAGCUCGCCAAGGCGAUGA